AUGUACCUGUUCCUCUGAAUCCUCUCCCAUUCAGUAAACUCACCUGACUGACAAAGGACUUGCCUCCAUCACAGAAGGAGACAAACAACUCACAGGCUCACGUCACUGCCAGAGAGGAAUUACAGUCUACAGAGAGGCUUUCAAGUCAAGAACAACUCAAAGAACAAAUCAGCCGUCAACGAUGGUGUCCGCUGGGCUACAAAUCCUGGGUGCAGCCCUGGGAAUCCUGGGCUGGAUUGGUGCCAUCAUCGUGUGCGCCAUUCCCAUGUGGAAGGUCACUGCCUUCAUCGGCAGCAACAUCGUGACCUCGCAGACGUCAUGGGAAGGUAUUUGGAUGAGCUGCGUGCACCAGAGCACGGGCCAGAUGCAGUGUAAAGUCUAUGACUCCAUGCUGGCCCUCAGCCCUGACCUCCAGGCCGCCCGGGCCCUGACCAUCGUCGCCAUCGUGGUGGGCAUCAUGGCUAUCCUGCUCUCCGUAGCUGGGGGGCAAUGCACCAAUUGUGUGGAGGAUCAGGUGUCCAAGUCCAAGGUGGGCAUUGCAGCUGGAGUUAUGUUCAUCAUUGCUGGGAUCCUCUUAGCCAUCCCUGUCUGCUGGACGGCCCACACCAUCAUCCAAGACUUCUACAACCCACUGAUGGUCAGCGCCCAGAAGAGAGAGCUGGGUGCUGCACUCUACAUCGGGUGGGGGGCGGCUGCCUUGAUGCUGAUCGGAGGAGGAAUGCUCUGUUGCCACUGUCCCUCUAAGGAUGACGACUCCUACACUGCAAGGUACAAAGCAGGCAGAUCUGAGGCCUCAGCACCAGCGUCCGGGAAAGACUAUGUCUGAAACAGAUCUAGAAGUCAGUAAAUAUCUUCCACAAAGCAAUGUUUACUGGGACAGAUGCACUGGUGCUGCUGGGUUUUGAGUGUUGAUAUUUCAGGAUGUUACUUGAGCAAAAAGUAUUCCUGAGUUUUACUCCUCAUGAGAGUGUUUGGAUGAAAUCAGCAGCAAGAAGGGAACCACACCCAAAGAGGAAAUUAAAUUUUAUAUGUUAACACAGUCAUUUGUGUAUGUAUGAUUUAUGAUAUGAAUAUUAGUCAUUUGUAAGUCUUUUCUGAGUGGUAUGAAUAUUCUAUAACCUAAGUUGAAAUGCUGUAUGUGGGUUAUUUUUGUAAACCAUGUCUAUGAGAUUCAUGAUGUGUCACUUAAAUUGUAAAUAAAUAUUUUGUUUACAAAUGAGA